CUCAUUUCUCAAAUUUUCAUGCACUUAAAAACUUUGCUUUGUGUUUCAUUGCCAAUUUGCUUAACUACUUCAAGUUCAUCAAACAAAAGGAAUUUCAUUUUUCUAAGUCACUAGAGCUAUUAGUUCUUUGAUUUUUCUUUUUGCUCAUUAAAAAAAAUGUCUGAAUUUUCUUUGGCUUCAACCACUGUUGUGAAGAAGAAAACCCAGUUUUCAAGCCUUUUGCUUUCUAAUUUCAUGUUAUUUUGCUCUUUAAUUCUUUCACACCCUCUUUAUUUCUCUUAUUUCAUCUUCUUCUCUCCUUAUUUAUUCAAGAUUUUCUCUUUUCUUUCGCCUCUCUUUGUUACCACUUCCCUUUUGGUUAUUGCAUUUUUGACAGUAUUAAGGUCUGAAGUAGUUGAUGGUGAAAGUGAUGAUGGCUUUGGAUGCUUGGAAGAGCUUGAAGCGUAUAAGAUCGUGUUUGAAACGUCGACCAUUGUUGAUAUUAGAGAAAACCCAGACGAAGUUUCUGGGGUGGAACCCGUUGUUGGUUGUUUACAAGGUGUUGAACUUGAAGAAGCUUCGGUUCAGAGGGUUGAAACAUUGACGAGUGGUGAAUUCACGGAAACUGUUCGAGUGAAUGCCACAGUGAAGAUCUUAGAAGAGUUUUUGCGUCAGAAAGAUGAUGGGGUGGUUGAAAUUUUGUCGUCUAAAAGCGUGGAGGCCAACAAUGAUAAAGGAUCCAAUCCCAAGACUACAAUGAAUGCUGAUAAUGGUGAGGAGUUUGAAGCCAAUGCAAUGGUGAAUUCCCCUAUAGUGAAAGCUAAUUAUGGAGAUAAUGACAUGAACUUUGGGAAUUUGGGUUCAAUGAGGAAAGAAAAGGAGUGGAAGAGAACAUUGGCAUGUAAGCUUUUCGAGGAGAGGCACAACGCGGUGGUGGCUGCUGCGACGACGGAAAAUGAAGGUGGUGAAGGGAUGGAUUUACUAUGGGAAACAUAUGAAAGUUCUGAUACCAAUAAAUUAAAGCUGAAAAGCUUUGGCUCGAAGAAAGGAAAGAAAGGCGCCAAUUACGAGGAAGACGACGACGACGACUACGACGACGACUCAGACGGUAAACUGUGUUGUUUGCAAGCCCUCAAGUUCUCAACGGGGAAGAUGAAUUUAGGAAUGGGGAUGGGAAGGCCUAAUUUUGUUAAAAUUUCAAAGGCAUUCAAAGGGUUUGGGUGGUUGCACCAUGUUGGUAGCACUAAGCAUGGCAAGAAAGGGUAUCAUUGAACUAUAGAUUAUAGGUUAAUUUUUAUAUAUAUCAUAUGUGCUUGAUGAGAUGUAUUUUUCUUAGAAUUACAAGUAGAUAUAUAUGUAUGUUAUUUAAUUUCAAUUGAAAA